UUUCAGGUGGUAAUUAAAACGCCUAUUUCACAGCUGCUAGGUGUAUACAGUGUGGUUUCGAGGAGAGAGUUGCCCUUAAGAAGUUUUACAUCAAAAUGUGAACACGACAGUGUGUUUUAGAACGAAAUUUACAACCAAUUAACUUGAUAAUGGCGGCGAUCGAGCUCGAGACCAGGGGCGAGGAGCGGAUCCUUCGCUUUUCCUACGAUGAUUCAAAGAGCAAAGACAUCAGCGAUGAGUUUGUUUUGAGCUCUCUGCGCGAAAAGGUCACACCAGAUAUCAGUGGGGUUAGCCGAGAGGUCGCCAAAGGACAGUUGCAGGUCUGCUUUAGGGGCAGCAUCCACGAGUCUGAAAUCGUUCCACAAAUAAGAUCCACCCUGGAUAACUUGGGCUUUCUAGUUGACCUCGAGGAUGGUGCCUCCACCUCGGGGUCACUUACGACCAUUGUUGGAAUCGAUGGAAUGACUUGCAUGUCUUGCGUCAGGAACAUUGAAGGAACAGUUGGUGCUAAAGAUGGAAUUCUCUCCAUUAAAGUUGAUUUGGGUAGAAAAAUGGCCACCAUAAACUACAACUCCUCAACUCUUAGACUGGAUCAAGUGUUGGAAAUGAUUGAUGACAUGGGAUUCGACCCCUCAGAGCCCCAACCCUGUCUAUAUUUUUGUAAAGAACUAGCCGCCAAAAGGUCACAAGUAGAAAACUACCUCAAAGAAAAGCUUUGGAUCAUAAGCUUUGAAAUAAUCGCCGAAAGAAAUCUCUUUUACCUGGAAAUCAACAAAGCUUUCUCCGUAAACACGUCGCAAGUGUCUUGUGAUUUGAAGGAAGUCGGAAUCGAAGUUCUUGAGCAAGAGAAGAUUACACUGCGUUGCUCGGAGCAAGUGACUGAGUAUUUGUCACGGACAAACGGUGUUUCUGAAGUGAGGCAGAACGGCGACUGUGUUCACGUGUUUGUUGAGCCUGGAGCGGUGUCUUCACAGCAAAUCAAUGCCCUUUUGGACGUGGGAGGCUACAGUGGAUCAACGUCCCAAAGCACAACACCUGUUGGGUCAAAAACUGGAAGCCCCGAAAAGGAUGUCAAAAUCACUGUAGAAAGUGACGAUGUUGUGGUUUUUGAAAGAAAAGACCUUGCCAAAUGUCACCUGCAUGUGCAAGGAAUGACAUGCGCAUCAUGUGUAGCUGCCAUUGAAAAGCACUGCAUGAAAAUCUAUGGCGUGCAUGGGGUGUUAGUGGCUCUAUUGGCUGCUAAAGUGGAGAUUAAGUAUGACCCCACGGUUGUGACGCCCGUCACUAUUGCUGCUUCUAUCACAGACCUGGGCUUCACGUCUAGUGUCAUUGAUGAGGCAGGCAGUGGAGAUGGACAAGUGGAACUGAAGAUCUCUGGAAUGAGCUGUGCGUCAUGUGUAAAUAAAAUUGAAAAAACGGCACUGGCCCUGCCAGGAGUUACUUACGCUGCAGUUGCGCUUACAACACAGAAAGGGAAGUUUAAAUUCGAUCCGGAGACCACGGGACCCAGAGACAUCGCUGAUGCUAUUACAAAAUUGGGAUUUGAAGCUGAGCCAGUCACGUCUUCCUCUCAAAAAGAUCACUUGGACCACUCACAGGACAUCAGAAAGUGGCGGAACACGUUCCUGAUCUCCCUUAUAUUUGGAGGACCGUCCAUGGCGGUGAUGAUGUACUUCAUGAUGGCCAUGCCAGCCCACCACCACGAUUCUGGCCUCAUCAUGCCAGGUCUUUCUUUGGAAAACCUGAUCCUCUUUGUUCUGGCAACACCCGUCCAGAUUUUUGGAGGCUGGCCCUUUUACUCUCAGGCGUGGAAAUCUAUAAAGCACGGAUCAUCCAACAUGGACGUGCUAAUCGUGAUGGCAACGUCGGUUUCCUACAUUUACUCAGUGGCCGUGCUUGCAGCUUCAAUGGCUCUGAUGCACUCAACCAGUCCAAUGACCUUUUUUGACACUCCACCCAUGCUCUUCGUGUUUGUUUCGCUGGGCAGGUGGCUGGAGCAUAUCGCUAAAGGAAAAACCUCAGAAGCUCUUUCGAAACUUCUCUCUUUGAAACCGACUGAAGCGCUUCUUGUGCAAGUAGGACCUGAUUUUGAAGUGCUGUCUGAGAAGACGAUUGGCGUAGAUCUGGUGCAAAGAGGGGACGUCCUCAAGGUUCUUCCUGGGGCAAAGGUUCCUGUUGAUGGGAGAGUUAUAUCUGGAAAAUCAAGCUGUGACGAGGCUCUGAUCACUGGUGAAUCCAUGCCUGUGCCCAAACAAACUGGGUCGGUGGUGAUUGGAGGAUCAAUCAAUCAGAACGGGUCGCUUCUGGUGAGGGCCACCCACACCGGGGAAGCGACCACUCUUGCCCAGAUCGUGCGUCUGGUGGAGGAAGCACAAACCUCUAAAGCCCCAAUCCAGCAGCUGGCCGACAAGAUCGCAGGAUACUUUGUACCUUUUGUAGUCGCGGUUUCAGUUACUACUCUCUUAGGUUGGAUCAUAGCCGGAUACAUUGACAUCAACUACCUUCCUUUAUCAGUUGAGGCAAAAGAAGGGCUGACCAACGACGAAAUCAUUCUUCAGUAUGCAUUCCAGUGCGCAUUAAGCGUGCUCGCGAUCGCCUGUCCUUGCGCCCUGGGUCUCGCAACUCCAACGGCUGUGAUGGUUGGUACUGGAGUUGGAGCCCAGAGUGGCAUUUUGAUUAAAGGCGCCGAACCUCUGGAAAACGCGCACAAAGUGAAGGCGGUGGUGUUCGACAAAACUGGAACCAUCACUCACGGCAAACCAAUGGUGGCCAGGAUCAGCCUGUUUGUCAAGGAACAGACUUUGAAUCUUGCCCACGUUUUGGCGCUUUUGGGCACUGCUGAAGCCAGCAGCGAACAUCCUAUUGCGUCUGCUGUUGUUAAGUUUGUCAAAGACGUGGUUGGACCAAACGCCCACCCAGGAACUGCUGAAAAUUUCCAGGCUGUGCCUGGCUGUGGACUGAAAUGCACCGUAUCCAGGAUUGAAGCACUGACUGAGACCGCACAAAAGUCGGAGGGCGUAAUUAAUUAUGCAAAUCACACAAAAUCGGGAGGCACUCAGAUUGAAAUAUCUGGCGUUUUGAUAGAAGAUGUUCCCUGUGAAAUGGCAUCAACUGAGAAAACUGCAAAGGAAUUGCAGCAGCUACUCAACAUAGACGAUCGUUCGGCUCAGUUGACAGGGCCUUUUGAUGUUUUGGUGGGCAACCGGGAAUGGAUGAAGAGAAAUGCCAUUGAAAUACCCACAGAGGCAGACAUGAGAAUGAUUGAUGAAGAGGAGAAAGGCAACACAGCCGUGCUUUGUGCAGUUAAUGGCAUUUUGGUCGCCAUGGCGAGCGUUGCAGAUAGAGUAAAGCCUGAGGCGCAUUUAGCGGUUUACACACUUAAGAAGAUGGGGCUGGAAGUUAUUCUACUGACCGGCGACAACAGGAAAACUGCUGCCACCGUCGCGAGGCAGGCCGGCAUCACUCGAGUUUUUGCUGAAGUUUUGCCAUCACACAAGGUCGCCAAAAUUCAAAGACUACAAGAGCAGGGCAUGAGAGUGGCUAUGGUUGGAGACGGUGUAAAUGAUUCACCAGCUCUGGCUCAAGCAGAUGUUGGAAUUGCAAUUUCGUCUGGCACUGACGUUGCUGUUGAAGCAGCAGACGUAGUCCUUAUGAGAAAUGAUCUGCUAGACGUGAUUGGCUGCUUGGACCUGUCCCGCAAAACUGUCCGCAGAAUCAGACUGAACUUCAUGUUUGCCAGCAUGUACAACGUUAUUGGAAUUCCAGUAGCUGCAGGCGUGUUCAGCCCAUUUGGUUUCCUGCUGCAGCCUUGGAUGGCAUCAGCAGCAAUGGCGCUGAGUUCAGUUUCAGUGGUGGCAUCAUCCCUCUUCCUAAAAACGUACGUUAAGCCUACAAGAGGCACUUUGGUGACCCCCGAGUAUCAAGCGGCUGUCGCACGAUCAAGGGAAUUGCCUGAGGAUUCAAUUUCGCUGCACAGAGGACUAGACGACAAAGACAAAACAUUUGCCAGGUCUAACAGCUCGACGAUUGGAAGACUACUGAGCCGAGGGAGCAGAGCUGAAGGCAAAGGCCGUCUCUUGUCUGAAGAGGAGGACUGUCACGAUCAGCUGCUUGCUCAAGCAGGGUCAUCAGUGGUAUGAAGAUAUCAAGAAAUAAUAUUCUUCAGAAGUAGAGGACAGAUAAUGUAUUUUUCAUUUAAUCAUUAAUCAAAGUUAAACACUGCGUUAAUUUUGAUACAUAAUUUCAUCCACCCAUCACUACGCAAAGAUCAUAAAAAUAUUUUUUCAAACAAUAA